GUGUUUGGUGUUUUGUUGUGGUUUUGUUGCUGCAGCCUGCAUUUACAAAUUGCAAUCAUUGUGGAUUUUGUAAUAAUUUUUCUAUUCUCUCCUUAUUUGGCUGGAUUUCUGGAUUUUCAUUAUAAGCAAUGACAACAAUAUUACUGUCUAAAAAGCUUUUAUCACUGAAAGCCAACAAAAUUGAGUUUGAGAAGAUACAGUAUCUGAAAAACCUUAAUAAGCAAGAAAUGGAUGAAACCAACAAGGCAUUACAAAAACUAAAGAACAGAGCGUGUAACAGUUGCCGGCUGUGCUUGAGGCCGGCAGAAACUAAUAUUUUUAUUAAUAAAACAGGUAUCAACUUUGCAGAGGAUAUCAAGAAUAUUUUAGGCAUUGAGGUAAAGAAAAAUGAUGGAAGACCACAGUACAUUUGUUCAGAAUGUGCAACUACACUUGGUAAAGCUGUCGAGCUAAAGCAAAUUGCUGAACUGGCUCAAUGGAGGCUACAACAAGAGGCUGAAAUGGUUUCAGCAUCUGAAAGCUCUUGUGCUGACAACAUAGGUGAUGAUACCAAUAAUGAUAACGAGGAAAUAAUCAUUUACCAUGUAGAUGCACCUAAAUGCAAGCAAUGUCAGAAGGUCCCAAAUGCUAGUAAUGAUUGUGAAAGUUGCCAAAGAAAUGCAAAGAAACGAAGGCUGGGAUCCUAUGUGUGUGAAACGUGUGGCCUGGAACUCAAAACUGUGACGAGGCUCAAAACGCACAUGAAAACCCAUACAAAUGAAUUCGAUUUUCCGUGUGAAUUCUGUCCCUACCGCGCACGAUGCAGCACUUCUCUGCGAAUACACGUGCGCUCGCACACCGGCGACCGGCCUUACCUGUGUGUGCAGUGCCAUAGCACCUUCACUAGCGCUUCCAACCUAGCGUCCCACAGGCGGUCGCACCUACCACCCGCGUACAAAUGUGAUAUUUGCCAAAGAGGAUUCAAGUUUAGACAGGCUGUACACAACCACAUAGCAACACAGCAUCGAAAUGCGAAGCCUUUCUCCUGUAACGAUUGUGGGAACUCUUUUGCUACUCGAAAGAUGCUCCGUCGCCAUGAACGCAAGGCUCAUAAUCGACCUAAGAUGAGGCAAGGCGGCACUCCUAGCUAUAUCAAGAUGCAGCAAGACAUUGAUGAUGAAUCUUAUGACAAUUAAUAUUGAUUUAAAAAUAAAUGUUAAUUUGUAUUCAUCA